UUUCUCUCAGCCCCACUUAAGUUUCUUCACUCAAACUUGUGACUCAACAAGUACCAGUGUCUUUUGUUCACCCUCCAACACUCUUUGUCUCUUGUUGCAGAAAUGGACUGGAAUUUCCGGUUGCCUCUGUGUUUGUUUUAUGUAUGCCAUUCAGUAAUGGCUUUCAACAUUGAUCCUGUGACCUGGAAGACUUUCACAAACAAUAAAAACACUGGCUUUGGCUAUAAAGUGAUACAGAAAGGUGCAAGUCUGCUUGUGAGUGAUCCUUUAAUACAACACAACCAAACUAAAAGAGGACAAAUUUAUGACUGUUCUGUCACCAGAGGAAACUGCGUUCCACUGUCAAUUAAUGUCCCAGCUGAGGCUGUCAACAUGUCCCUUGGACUAUCAAUGUCUAUAGAUCCUCAGUCUUCAAAAGCAGUGGUUUGUGGUCCAACCAUACCCAAAAACUGUGAUGUAACCACUUACAACGGCAUGUGCUUUAAAAUCAGUUCAGAAAAUGUUGUGAGCAAAUCUGUGCCAAGGACCUUGAGAGAAUGCCCAACAUCUCAAAUUGAUAUCGCUUUUUUAUUGGAUGGAUCUGGAAGUGUAUAUUAUGCAGAUUUUGAUAAGAUGAAGGCUUUUGUUAUAGAAAUGAUCAACAGUUUUAUAAACCAUGACACACAGUUUGCCAUUGCACAGUUUUCUACAUAUUGUGAAAUUCAUGACACGUUUCAAGUCAAAAACGCCAAGGCAUGGGAAGACGCAGUGACUAAGAUAAGUCAAAGAGGAGGAGGGACUUACACCGCAGAAGCUAUAAAACAGCUUGUGAGAGAGCUAUUUGUAAGUGAAGGAGGCGCAAGACCAUCAGCCAGCAAAAUUCUGGUUGUUAUCACAGAUGGUGAAUCAAGUGAUAAUUAUUUUUUGACUGAAGCUGUUCAACAAGCACAAGCCAAAAAUAUAACACGAUAUGCUAUUGGGGUUGGCAAUGCUUUUAAUUUUGACGAAGCAACACAGGAGCUGGCGAUUAUUGCAUCUUCACCCACCAAUAAGCAUGUGUUCAAAGUAACUGACUUUGACGCGCUGGACAGUAUUCGUGAACAACUCAAAGAGAACAUUAUUGCCAUUGAAGGAACCCAGACCACUGGCGAUUCAUCUCGGAUGGAGUUUGCACAGGAUGGGUUUAGUGCAGCAUUAACAUCAAAAAGAGAUAUAAUAAUGACUGCAGUGGGAGCUUUCCAGUGGAAGGGCGGAUAUCAGCUGUACACACAAAAUGAUCAGUUAAAUGCCUUUCAAGCUGGAAGUCAGCAUGACAGUUAUUUAGGAGGAUCUCCUCUCACAGGCAGGGAGUACCAUCCUGCACCCCCGCCCGGAGCUGUGGAAGCUGUGGGUGUGGCCCUGAGGGGCACAGCUCAUAGCUUCUGGUCUCUCAACCGAGGUUGUUGA